AGGAGGCUUUCACUGAAAUGUGCCACAGUAACGUGAUCUCCCAUUGACCAAGGAGCUAUAAUAGCAAUCACACCGUGGGGAUUUGACGGUCAUCAUGGCAUCACUUUCUCCGCUCCGGGACUGUGGGCUCGAUCUGAAGACGGUCAAACUCGUGAUAACAUGCCUCUACUUUGUUUUGUUCAUCCCCACUUUCCUGCUGAACGUCAUGGCAGCUUGGAUUUCCUGGAAGCUGAAGCCCAAAUCUGCGUUUGUUGUCUACCUGAAGAGCCUUGUGGCGGCUGACCUUCUGAUGACCUUGAUCAUCCCGCUGAAGGCCGGCAGCGAGAUCCCCGGGGCCCCUCACGGCUUGCGUGCUUUUGCCUGCCAGUUCAGCAGCGUGCUGUUCUACCUCUGCAUGUACAUGAGCAUGAUACUGAUGGGGCUCAUCAGCCUCGACCGCUUCUUCAAGAUCGUCCAGCCAGGCGGGAAAAGGUUCGGCCACAAUCCCCUGUUCGGCAAGGUGGUCGUCAUCCUUAUCUGGACUCUCUAUCUCAGCGUGAACACCAUACCCACCAUGGUCCUCACGAGCGGAAAGCCCAAAAACAACACUGCCGAGCUGUGCAUGGCCAUGAAGAGUGACCUGGGGAAGCAGUACCAUCAUGCCAUAGUUAUCGAAAACAUUGUGAUUUUCUUAGUCAUGUUGGUCGUUAUUGGAUUCUGCUACACGUGCAUUGCAAGAAGGGUCAUUGAGUCGUACCGGAACUCAGGAAGCACAAACAAGGAGGGGAAACGAAAGAUCAAAGCUCGAGUGUUUAUCGUCCUGGCGGUGUUCCUGGUCUGCUUCGCCCCCUACCACAUCACACGCUUCCCUUACGUUCACCGUCAGGUGGAGAACAAGAUUAACUGCCACUGGGCUUCCCUGAAGGUGGCUAAGAGCAUCACUCUGUGGCUCUCCUCGACCAACGUCUGCCUGGACCCCCUUAUCUACAUAUUACUCUGCAAAGCGUUUCGAGAGAAGUUGUAUGAGCUCAAAAUAUUUGGGCACUGGUUUACCACAGCAGCCCAGGAGAACACAGACACUUCAGUUUGAAAGGGAGUUCAGUACUGCGCUUACAGCUUCUCCUUACUGUGGGGCUGCAUCUCUGGGUUUGUUAUAUUGACACACACGUUUCUGAAAACUAAAUGACAUUAUCUGUUAUACUGUUUUGCAGAAAAAGUUUUGUGAUCUUGACAU